AGACAUCGUCUUGCGUGAUUCCUCGACCUCGACUUCUUCACUUGAAACACGGCUUGACGCAGAAAAAUUUAGUGUACCCGAAGCCAAUGAUUUUUCGUUAAAUGGUUUAUUUAUAUCACAUUUUCAGAUCACUAUAACAAUAUUUUUUAUAACGACGUCAGUAAUGUGUUAAUAGUAUAAAAUUAUAUCGAGGUGAAGUUUGUUUGUGUCGUUCCGAGAAUUAUUAGUUUCCCUCCAAAUAAUUCAUUAUAUGUAUAACUUCCGAUAUGCCACUUUUAAAGAAGAUGGUGUUUGAAAAACACUCCAUAAAGGAUUAUCUUAGAGACGAUGAAGAAGUAUUUUACUGUGAAAUUACAAACGAAAUUUUUAGGGAUUACGAAGAAUUUUCUGAAAGGAUGUUUCUCUACAACUCCAUGGUUUGGACAUGUUGCAUGACAGGAAAACAAAAUCUAACCUAUCAGGAAGCUCUAGAAAGCGAAGAUAAUGCUAGACAAAGUUUAAAAGAGUUUCCAAUAGAACUCAGACUGCCAAUAUUGUUUCUUGCUAGUAAAACACACAGAACAUCGUUUGGGGAUAUGACUGAUGAUGUGUUUAACUUUGUUAAGGAUAGAUACUUUACAGGAGAAAAUUUAGAAACAUCUUUUACAGGUUCAAAGUGGAAGGAUUCUCAUGUCCUGCAGGUUAUUGCACCACCAGCUGAUACUAUCAAAAGUCCAAAAAAUGGGAACAAAACAGAUAGUCACUUUUGGCCUCCAGCAAAUCUCUUUAAAUAUGAAAUUGAACACUUAGAUGCCGAGGAUAAUGACAUCAGUGAGAUAAUGAUAGUCGAUUGUAACCAAAUAAGACGUAGAAAAGGCUCAUUUAACAGAGAUAAAUGUAAACUAUUCCUGAGACAAUAUGUGGAACAUGAUUCAAAGGGAAUAUUCGCCAUAAAAGCGUCUGUAAUUGAGGAACUAGGAAUAAACAAAAUUAAAUUUGAACAAAUAUUCGAUGGUCCUAUGCCCAAUUUUGAAGUUUCUAAAGAAAAAGAGAAAAAGCCGAGUACAAAAAAGAAGUUAAAUCAAGAAAAAAUGUCUAAAUAUUUAACAAAGACUAAUGGAGACAUCACAAACAAGCCAGCACAAAAUACGAAUGCCGAAGAAAACAAAGUAAACUUGUUGGAAGAGAUGAAGAAGCGAGAAGAAGAGUUUAAAAUUAAACAGCAGCUUAAAGAAGAACAAAGGAUCGCUAUGAAAAAGAGGCAUAAAGAAGAAAGUGUUAUAUUAAAUAGUUCUAUUAAAAAAUGGAUGCAACCAAAGGAAGAUACUGAACUGGAGAAUCAGAAAAAAUUACCAGACUAUAUGCCUGUCAAGUCAAAAAUACCUGAAAAAUACUUUGGUGAAAUGUUGAUGAUCAUGGAAUUUAUUCAAUCCUUCUCAAAGACUCUGUCUACCAAAGACUUUUUCCCCAAGGGUGUUAACUUAGAAUUAAUGGAGAGAGUAUUAACUGAGAAGGAAGUAGCAGGAGUUUUCAUAGAUAUGAUUCAAAUGUUUCUGACAGCUCUAUUUAAUUGUCAAGAUGAGGAGUCAAAUCAGUACAAAACAUAUAGCCAAACAAAAACUGCUUUAGGUGUCAUAGAUGAUGAAGAUAUCAGCGUAACAGAUGCAACUCGUUUAGCUACCUUGGCUUCAAACUGGAGUAGUAAACAUCAAGGUUUACCCUUACACCGUUUACCUUUGUAUUCUGUGACAGUUUCUGAAAUACUUCGGUUACAUCUGUUAUCUUCUGGAGCUCUGAUCGAAAGUGGUGGAUCGAAAUGGAGGUAUGCACUAAGAGGUGGUUAUACAAGUGAAGAUGAUCCUGGUUUACAUCUGCGACUUCAUAAUCCUGAAAUACUGAAAGCUUUGGCUACACAUAAUGUCGUUGAUCUCCCCAUGAACCAAAAAUUAAAAAUUCUUGACUGUUUGAUGAACCAAUUGCUUACUUAUGCUGAUGUAAGAGAUAUAAUAGAAGAUCGCUUGGCGAACAGUAAAAAACAAAUCCUGGACUUGAAGGCGAUUCAGCUGGCAGAAAAGAAAAGGGAGCAGGAGCAUAGUGCUGCUAAACAAAAGUUACAGAAAGAAUUAAAAGGCGAACCUGACAAGUUAAAGAGUAAAUUAGAUACUUUAGAAGGGGUUGCAGAAAGACAACGUUAUAAAUAUAAUCAGAAAACUAAAAAAGUAAUGGAGAAUAUCUAUGAUGGACAAACAGUUCUAGGUACGGAUAGAGCAUACAGAAAAUACUUGAAAAUAAAUUCUGUACCUGCAAUAUUUGUCAAUGAUGAAGAUGAGCAUACUGGCAUUUGUAAUGACUCAAUUUGUGGUCAGAAUCCUGAAUUAGUUGACGCCAGUAGACAACAGCUACUUCAUUAUAUGAGAAAAAAGUAUAUUACCAGUUCACCAAAAAGUUCUAACAGAAGAAAGGUGAAUGGUACUUUGGAUACGCCUCUUCCACUAGUAGUAGACGAAAAUAAUGCCAAAGAGUUAUUAAUGUGCACAGCCAAUCCCGAAACAUGUCCUGUACAUUCCAAAAGUAUUGAAAGAGUAAAGUGGUCUAUUAUAUACCAUGAAAUUCAACUACAAGAAGUUGAAGAUAGACUGAAUAAAAGAGGUAUUCGAGAAGGAGAGUUGCUUCAAGUUAUACAAAACUACAAGGAGAAGUUGGAAUAUGUUGUAACUCACACGCCGAGCAAUAUCUUUGCUGAAAGUAUGGUGGGGAAAGAAGAACUGGACGAUUUGGGUCCAAGGGUUACCAGAAAACCUGCAUCAAACCUUGGAUAUCCGCACACAAUGUCAACUUCUGAAAUUCUCGAAAAUGUCCUAUUGGACAAUAUUCUUGAAAUAGAGGAGAAACUGUUUGGUGGAAGUUUGGGUGAAUUACAAGUUAAAAGUAGGGAACAAUGGCGACAAUGUCUAUCCGAUAAAUUGUAUGAUGAACUAGAUACAACAAUCAAUCUUCGGGAAGUGAAGUCAAGAAGAUCGGAUAGAGGCUCGGAUAGACCUGCAACUCCAGAAGUACCAAUUAAGCCAACUUUAAAAAAAUAUCAUGAUCCUGGAAGACACGUGGGCACAGGUCUAGAUGUUGAAAUGAACGGAGAUAGCGAUAGUAUCCCAUAUGAUUCUGAAUAUAUAAAAAAAUCUGUAAAAACUUUAGCUAUAGCCCUAGCGCAGGUUGCUCGGGGAGUCGAUCCAAAAUAUUUACAAAAACCUUUAGGAAGUGCAGGCAUUGGUAAAUCCGAAAAAAGGGAAUUUUGUGACAGAUUAGACAAAUGGGAGCAAUCUCUGUUGCCAUCAACUAGUUACAGUCAAGUAUUUUUACACUAUGCUACCUUAGACUCUUGUAUAAUGUGGUCCAGAUCCGCUUUAAAAGCUAGAUGUAAGAUAUGUAGACGUCUAACAGAUUCUGAAAAUAUGUUACUGUGCGACAAUUGUAAUUUAGGACAUCACUUAUACUGUCUGAAACCAAAAUUAACCAGUAUUCCAAAAGGUGAUUGGUUCUGUGAUGGAUGUAAAAAAGAAAAAGAACAGGAAACAAAACCCUUAGAUCCUGAACUUGUCCCUUGGAAAAAGCGUAGAAUAUUUAGAGAUGAGAAUAUGGAGGAAGAAGAAGAUGAAGAAUCCAAUUAUGAAAGUGAUAUAAAAGAAGAAGAAGAAGAAGCAUCAAGUGAAGAAGAAUGCAAUGGAUUCGUUAAAUUCGAACUUUGUAAAACUUGUGGCUCCGGAGGAGAAUUGAUCUCGUGCGAAAAAUGUUCGAGUACUUUCCAUAUAGAAUGCUGUGAACCUCCUUUAAGAAGGCCACCUAGAGGUUCGUGGACUUGUCACCUUUGUAAAAGUAGUAAAGACCAUUCAAGGGAAAGAAGUAAUUCAGAAUCAAGUGACGAAAUUAGUUUGUCCACUAGAAAAAAUCGAAAGGAAGAUACACGGAAUGAUCUUCCUUUGCAUAACGCGGCGUUACAAGAAUUGUUGGUGGAAGUAAUAAAACAUGCAGAUGCUUGGGCUUUUGUAAGGCCAGUACAAAAGACAGAGGUAAAAGAUUAUUACGACAUAAUAACAAAACCUAUGGAUUUCGGAACAAUCAAAUACAAAUUAAAUAUGGGCAAAUAUUCUAAUGAUGCUCAGCUCAUGGAAGAUGCUGUUUUGGUAUUUGAAAACUGCAAUACGUAUAACGAAUCUGAAUCUGAAGUAUACAAAUGUGGAGUGCGAUUACUUAAAUUCUUCAAAAAGAAAGCUAAAGAAUUAGGUCUCAAACUACCCAAGGAUAUGACCAAUGGCUAUACAAUACCAGCAAAAAAGAGGCGGACAAAUUAGCUGUAGUAUUCGGACUUUUUAAUUUAUUUUUACAUAUAGCAGUGUAACAAUUGAAGUACCCCACUAGCCCAUUUUAUCUUAUUUAAUAUUUUUUUAUUAUGAAAAUUAUAGUUUCUAGAUUUAUUGUUAAUUAGGAUAUCAUUAUUUAUAAUAAAACAUAAAGAAUU